UUUAAUCUCAUGCGCACUACUAUUCUGCGCAUUACCAGCAGAAGGCCGACUGAACGGAAGGAUGGUAUUGUCUUUUACUUAAUGUUUUAGUAAUUUCCAACAGAUUUACUUUUCUUAGAUGCAUAUUGUCUAUAUAAGAACAGCGAAAAUAAAUGUCUGCUUGAAUGUAAUUUACCAUUUGUUGGAUGCCCACUAGUCGCUUUAUAACGGCAACAACAGAACAAGGAAGAUGUGAAUAUAUGUCAUUGCCUCGUUAUAGUGACAGACAGGCAGAUCAGAGAAUCCUUAUCCAUCAAGUAUAAGAAAAGAAUACGUAGGAAAGCCCAAUACUGAAGGGUCUUCACCAGACACUAAUACUAUGACUUACGUAUAAUAUAAUUUUGAUUUUCGGUUCCCAGAAUUAUAAUUGUCACUAAAAAUGCCGAUUAAUUAAAAGACUAAAUUAACGUCCAGCUUCCAUCGUCACCAACCAUAUCAUCAAUGAGAAGGCGGAUAAUAGUGGCAUUUUCACUACACAGCUACCUGUCUAAUAAGCAUUAUGAAACCGGAUCCCUAUAAACAAAAGAGUAAACAAGAAAACAGACUUACAAAAUGAACCAAGAACUAUUAUAAAAUAUAAAAAUGCAUAGAAUUAUUAAAUGAUUGUUUUUUUUUCAUCAGUUACAAAAAAAAAAAUGCAGAUUUCGCUACAUCGAAAGAAAUUUGAGUAUGUACCUAAUACAGAAAAAAACCCAUAAACAGCUGUACAGAGAUUAAAAGAAAUCGAUAAUAUAUCUUACGAAAAUUACAUGAAAUAUUUUUAUCAUGUCUUUGAAGAGAACCUACUUUUCUUUAUUUUUCUGUAUGUAGGUGUGAUUUUGUAAAAAGAAUAACGAGAGCAUUCGAACAGUAUUGAGUUUUAUAUAUCACAUCAAAAUUAAAUUGUGUAUAUCCGAGGAAAACUAAGACAUGAAAUUUGGCAUAAAAUAUAAAAUGUUUUUUGUAUUUGUAUUUUUAUCACAUGCAUUAUUCUUAACAGCGCAAUGCAAUCAUUUUCAUGAUUUAAUCUCAAAGUUACAACAGUUGAAGUUAAGUGGUAAUUCCCUGUGUUAAAGUAUGCUCCUCAUAUACCAACGGAUUUUCCUUGAAGUUGGCAUCUCUAUCUCCUCGACUAAAAUUUGAAACACUUAUCACUCAAUUAUCUAUCUUUAUCAUAUUGAUGUCAUUCUAUUUUUAUUUCUUACUUAAUUUUUUUUUUUUUAAUUCCUCUGGUUUCUUCAUUCUGAAUGAAACUUAAACAAUGAGUUCAAGAAAAGGAAAAUCUCGAGACGGAAGCAAAUCCCGCGAAAAUGCUGCUGCCGCAGAAAGGUUAGCUGAUUACACAGGAGUAAGCACAGUGCUUGCCGGUCACAGCAGUGGCGGUGCUGGUUAUUGCAGUAAUUUAAGUGUUGUUGGUGGUAACAGUACUAGUAAUCCAAAUAGUGCUGCUACUUCUAGCAUUACUGGAAGCACCAUUCAAAAUAUUAGUUGCGGUGCUAGUGUCAUUUGUGGUACGACAACUCUAACUACUAUAGCACCGAGUGGCUCACCCGAUCAUGAAGGUUCGGUUUCAAGUUCUAAUCCAAGCCCUUCUGGUUUGGAAACUAGUAGGGAAGAACUUCCAGCCGGAAUGGAUUCAGCAACUCUUAAGGAUAAUCAAAAAGAUCUUGUCAAGGAGAAAAAAGGUAGUUCUUCAUCUUUAGCUGGAGAUACCAAUAAACCUCGUCAAGUAACAGUGACUACUCCUGGCCAAAAAGGGGCAAAACCAACAGUACCAUCCAAGCGGCCCUCAGUAAAGGCUGAUUUGGAUGUAAGUAAAGAAUUUAACAAAUGUAAAGAAGAAGGUGCUGAGAGAUUAGACCUCAGUAAGUCUCAAAUAACUGUCAUACCUAGCUCUGUUAAAGAGUUAACACAGCUGAGUGAGCUUUAUUUGUAUGGAAACCGAUUAUCAGUGCUCCCCACAGAAAUUGGUUGGUUAAAUAAUCUGCAAACACUUGCGUUGAGUGAAAAUAACCUGACAACACUCCCUGAAUCCCUGGCAAACUUAAAGCGUCUUAAAGUAUUGGAUCUUAGGCAUAAUAAAUUAAAUGAGAUACCUGAUGUUGUAUAUAAACUCAAUUCACUGACUACUUUAUUUUUACGGUUCAAUAGAAUAAGAAUAGUAGAUGAAGCUAUAAACAAUUUAACUAAUUUAGCCAUGUUUAGUUUAAGAGAAAAUAAAAUCAAGGAACUUCCGAAAGGUGUGGGAAAUCUUGUAAACCUUGUUACUUUUGAUAUUUCACAUAAUCAUCUUGAACAUCUUCCUGAAGAAAUUGGUAAUUGUGUUAUGCUGAAUUCCCUAGACCUCCAACAUAAUGAAUUACUAGACAUACCUUCUUCUAUUGGUAAUUUACGAUCACUUACAAGAUUAGGUUUAAGAUAUAAUAGUUUAACCAAGGUCCCAAAAUCCCUGGAAAAUUGUGUAAAUAUGGAUGAGUUUAAUGUUGAAGGAAACAACAUAUCAUCAUUACCUGAAGGUUUGCUGUCAAGCCUAACUCAACUCUCCACAAUUACAUUGUCUCGGAAUGUUUUUCAAUCCUAUCCAUCAGGUGGUCCUUCGCAGUUUUGCUCAGCAUAUUCAAUCAACCUGGAACAGAAUCAAAUAAACAAAAUUCCUUAUGGUAUAUUUUCUCGGGCCCAAUAUUUGACAAAGCUCAAUAUGAAAGACAAUCAGUUAACAUCAUUACCUUUGGACAUUGGAACUUGGUUAAAUAUGGUAGAAUUAAAUCUAGGUACAAAUCAACUAUCCAAGAUUCCUGAAGAUAUUCAAGAUCUACAAAAGCUUGAGGUUCUCACACUCAGUAAUAACCUCCUUCGGGUAAAGCCUCCAGAUGUAUCCAAUUUAAGAAAAGUGAAAAUAAAAGACAUACAUACAAAUACCUGUCAGUCUCUUCCAAAUACGAUCGGUCAAUUGAGAAAACUUCAGCGACUUGUUGUACAAUCCAAUAAAUUAACCAGUUUACCAAGAGCUAUUGGCUCUCUCACUGAUCUGACAUACCUAGGUGCUGGUGAAAACAAUCUAAGUACAUUACCACAAGAAAUAGGUUGUCUUGAAAAUUUGGAGUCUUUAUAUAUAAAUGACAACCCUGAACUUCACAGUCUCCCAUAUGAAUUGGCUUUAUGUGGAAACUUACAGAUUAUGAGCAUAGAAAAUUGCCCUCUGAGUCAAAUUCCUGGAGAAAUUGUAAACAAAGGACCAUCUCUUGUUAUUCAGUUCCUGAAGCUGCGUGGUCCUUACUAUUGUCAGAUGUGAGAAUAAGAAACAUAGAAGACUAUAUUACCUUUUAUAUUCCAUCACUGUUCUUACUAUUGCUGUUCAAGUGAUGCUACUAAUUUUGCUGGGCUGCCAAUACUGCUGUUAUUGUUGUUCUCUUAGAUAUACCAAUACCAGUUUGCUUCAUUAAAUAGUCAGUCAUCUUUGUGAUGUAUCUGCCUCUCCAAUCUUUCUUUCUAAAUAUACAGUUUCAGUUUCUCAAGUUUUUUUACACAACAGUUUAUGAAUCUACUGGCUAAUGUUAGAUCUCUUUAGAUGAUUAAUUCAAUUACCACUAUUAUUUUUAAGUAGAAUUUUUCUAUAUCUGUCUCUCUAAUAGUGCCCAGUUAAAAUCAACCAGGCCUUUCAAUUGCAAACAGUUUACAGUUUUUCUCUAGUACUAGACAGCUAUAUUGGGCUAUUUUUGCCUGUCCUUUCUAUACUUCAGCUUCAUAAUAAUCUUAAAGAAUAAAUUAAUGUCUAAUGAAUCAGUGUAACUACAGAAAGUAUAAGGAUUCACAAAUGGAUAAUUGAAAGCUAUGUGUCUUGGAAAUAGGUAAUUUCAUUUUUUUUUUAAUCUGCUGAUAAAUAUAUAUAUAUUAUAAUAAUAAAAAAGGCUUUUGCUGCUGGCACUAAUUUCUGUUAUAUCACCUCAUCCCUGCUGAUAUUUUUUUUUAAUAUUUAUUCAUUUUUCCCCACAGCUCUUUCUGUAUUCAAAUUUUGUAUGAACUUGCCCAAAUCACAGAAAUUGAUUUAUGAUAUUGUCCUUGUGCAUUUUUUUAAAUAACAUACUAUAAUUUAGUAUGUACUAAUAUUAAUUCAAUUGAAUCAAACAGUUUUUUUUAGUAAUUUUCACAACAGAACAUUUUGUUUCUUUAGCUUUUUUUUUUGUAUAAAUCAUUCCUAUUCUUCAAUAAUUAUUUUAUAAUAUUUUAUUUUCAUAAAAGUUUAUAUUAUUUAAUUUUUAUUUUAGUCACUUAUUCAUAUUUCAUUUGUUCAUAUUUUUUUAAGAAAAUAAAAACUUUCAAGGAAAUGUCUAUUAACAAAGAACAUGAACCCUCUUGUUUUAAUAUGACAUGAAAACAUGCCUCCCUUUCAUUGACUCUUGCUUUAUAUUUAUUUGAUUGACUCUAUUUGCUCUAUACUUCCAAGAUCACUUCAGAAAUAAUGUUAAUCCCUUUGCACAUAUCAAAAAUGUGCUAAUUUAUUUAAGGAACCAAAUAUUUGUCAAAUUUAGGUUUUGCUAACAUUUGAAUCAAUUUAAAAUGGUUACAAUUUCACCACACCACCUGAAUUUUAUGAAUUUUAUUAAAAAGAACAAAUCCUAGCAGGAAAUAAUGUUAGCAUCUCAAGCAAUACUUCAACCAGGAUUUACUCACAGGAAUCAGUUCUGAGUCUGACUUUUUAUCAGGGAAUAAGGGAAAACAUUUUUCAUUGAUAAAGAUUUUUUUAAAAUCUACUGAAUUCACUUCAAUUAAUAAAUCAUUUCUGAAAUAUUAA